GUGGCGGGGCGUUGCUAAGAUGGCGGCUGCAGCGACGGCCGCGGAGGUGCAGCAGCUGCAGGGGCGCCUGGAGGCCUUGGAGGGGCGCGUCUUCGGGGCGCCUGGCGGAGCGGCGGGCGCCAAGAAGAUAGCAGAUGGCUUGGUCAAAGUCCAGGUGGCUUUGGGGAACAUGGCAAGCAAGAGAGAGAGGGUUAAAAUUCUUUACAAAAAAAUUGAAGAUGUCAUGAAAUAUUUGGAUCCUCAAUAUAUUGAUCGAAUGGCUGUUCCAGAUGCCAUGAAGCUGCAGUUCAUCUUGGCAGAAGAACAAUCCAUCCUGGCUCAAGCAGCGCUUAUGGAGCAGGUGGACAGCCUGAAGCCAUACCUGGACAGUGCACAUAUCAAAGCUGCUCCGGACCAUGCUGCCAGGCUUCAGCGGCUCUCUCAGAUCCACAUCCAUCAGCAGGACCAGUGUGAAGCGGUGACGGAGAACAUCCGGUUACUCCUGGAAGAUUACAACAAAAUGACUCUGCUUCUUUCCAAGCAGUUUGUCCAGUGGGAUGAAAUGCUAACCCAGCUGGAAGCCGCAAAGCAGGUGAAGCCCGUGCCCGAGUGAAGGCCGUGCUGCGUCAGGGAAUCCUUCAGAGGUGUGCGUGGCUGCCUUGCGCCCUCGCUCAGCACUUCCUUUUUCGUGAGCUAGAGAAGAGAUCUGUCAGGACAACCCGACCUUGAACUGUCCACGCCAGUCAAGCCAGGCUUCUUGGACUUUUUGCAUGCAGCGGCUCUGCCUGGAAGUGAGACGAUGGGUGUUGUCUUGCCAGUUGUUGGUGACCUUCAAGAGAGGUCAAAUUAUUUGUGCAGCUUUCUCCCCCUUAACGGUCCCUCUUGUAACUUAUGUUGGUUUCUCCUUCAAUACAAGGUGCAUAAUUGCUUGGAUUCGCUGCUAUGACUGUGGACCACAAUAAAAUCCUGUUUACCCCA